AAAAAACACAUAAUUAUAUUUUUCUCAGUUAUUUAAUCAAAGCGUUUACUUACUACAUCCUCACGUGUACCGACUCAAAAUGUCACUCGUUUCUGAAGAUUAUUUAAGUGGAGUGGUUCGUCGAACAGCAUUGUUGUGUAAGCUUAAUAAUUGGAGUUUUGUGCAAGAAAAGUUUGUGAAUAAGGCACAGAAUUAUUUUGGAGAAUUAAUACCGAUCACACUGUCCGGUACACGUGAUGGGGAAUUAGUGUCCUACAACAUAGUUUUAAAAUUGGCGCCAAUAAACGAGCAGUACCGAGUGAGCGGAGCUGUAACUGUGAUGUUUGCAAGGGAAACAUACGUGUAUUCUAACUUACUCAAAGCGUAUAGAGAAAUACUACAACGUCUACCAGUCCGCUCUCAGUAUAUUAUACCUAAAUGUUACUAUGUACAGCAAGAGUACUGCAAGGAGUUCAUAGCUCUGCAAGACAUGACUGUAGAAGGGUAUAGGCCCUACACACAUGAAAUGUUCUUAGAUCUAGAUCAUACUUUGGUUUCUUUAAAGAGUCUUGCUAAAUUGCAUUCUCUGUCGUUUAUUCUACAACAUGAGAAACCUCAGCAGUAUGAAGAUAUCAUGACCAUUUGUGUGCCCUUGACAGAGAGCACAAACUCUAGAUACAUGGACAUUGUGAAAGAUAGACUAGAUAAGGCAAUGAAAAAGUUUCCCGCCUCUAAUAUAACCCCACUGUUACAAAAGUUGAGAAAGAACUGCGCUAAAUAUUUUAAAGCGGCUGUGUAUUCAGUAGGCAAUACUUGUAUAUGUCAUGGUGAUGUUUGGAAAGAAAAUAUAAUGUACAAAUAUGAGGAUAACAAGCCGGUGUCUGCUUGUUUGAUAGACUAUCAAACAACAAGGAAGUGCAGUCCAGCGUUUGAUGUGAUGUACUUAAUAUUGAGUAGUACAAACUCAGAGCUGAGAAAUAAAUACUUACAACAACUGUUAGAAAUAUAUUACAGAACACUUGAAAUAACAUUAAAAGAUGGUGGGAUUGACUCACAAACUGUAUAUUCUAGGCAAAUGUUCAUUUCUGAUAUGAAGACUGUAGCGCCUGCUUGCUUUAUAACAGCGAACACUGCAUUAUGGCUGUCUAACGGUCUGCAAGAGGAAGGGCAUGUGAGGAGCAAACAUGUUUGGACUACCAAGGAUGAGAAGGAAAAGGCUGUGGAAAAAUAUAAAACAAUUGUAUCAAGUAUGAUCGAUGAUCUUACCACUUUUGGAUAUAUUUCUGUUAAUGAAUUGUAAUAAAAAAAUAAGUGUAUAUAAAAUUACAUAAAGAAUGUAGGUAUAAAGCUAUUUAUAUAACAGAAACAGGGAUUAGGGUAUUAU